GCUCAGCUGAAGUCUCCCACAUCACACACAUCAUGUGCUCACUGCCCUCCUGCUGAAUGGCACCAAGUUCACCACACUGUGCCCCCCAGGCAGCGCCACAGCCCCGGAGCUGUGCAGCCAUUACUCAGCAAAUCAUUAUGAAUAACGACCGGCACUGACAAAAAUGCAACCUGUGAUGGUGUGCAAGUAGGAAAUAGGGGGCACACCUCCAUUAAUCACUCAUAAUGAGUUGGUCAACUCAACGGGAAGUAGAAGACAAACUCAGAUACGUUCUGCAUGGAAGUGGAGUGGGCUCUAAGGAAUGCUUUGACCCCACCUGUGAGGCAGCCUCUGCUGCAAGCCCUGUGGGCUCUGUGAGCAGCCCCAACCCAGCAUGCUGGUGGCGACCCAGUGCAGAAUGCCUGCUCGGGGCCAGCAGCACAUGGCCCUGCCCUCACACAUCCCAGAGCCUUGCUUUCCCCACUGCCCCUUCCCACCGUGGCCGUAUCCCUGCCCUGCACCAGAUGCCCACCUGCUUAGCUUCCCCCUAACGUCAAUCCAGUCUCAGAGCACCAUGAUAACCACAGCUCAGGCAGCAGCAUCUUCCCACAUGGCAGAGCUGCACACAGAGCUGUGCCAGUUGUGCACCUGCAGUUACUUCCCACCCUCUGGCUGGUUAUCUGCCCCUGGUGAGACUCCAGAGGAUCACCCAGCAACCUCAGGGUAAGGCAGGCUGGAUGCUGCACAACAGCAGUGGAACUAGAGGUUUCUGUCCCAGUGACAGCAGGAUGCCCGUGGUCACAGUGCUUCUCUGCAGGCACUGAGGGGAGAUCUCCAUCCUAGAAAACAGCACACGGCCUCUGGUUCCCUUGUGCAGCAGGACAGUUUGGUGUCCCCACUGAUGCACUCAGGCCACAGGAGCACACUGUCACUGUUGGGAGAUGGACCUCGAGGGGGUCUCCAGCUCAGUGACAGGCCCAGCUGUGAGCUCAGCCCAGUUUGCUCAUCACUGCAUCCCCUUGAGCCUUGACAGCUCCUAAGGAAGGAGAGGUCCAACCUCAGUUUGGGUACACUGCAGUGCCAGGCCACCCUCAGCAACUCCUGGGCACAGUGACAUACACAGGGCACUGAUGGCACACACGGGCACCAGAAGACACGAGUGGCACAUCUCCACAGCCACACAUGUGGGCAGCGACUCAGACAGCCCCUGCAUGCAAACACAGCGCUGUGCUGUACCUGGGCACUCACAGGUAUGGAUACACACACAGGGACUGCAUGUGCACUCAGCCACCCGGCAUACACUUGCACCCACGCAGCCACAGCCCUGCGUGCAUCACGGCACAGACACACUCAGCCCUCAGGACGUGCACACGCACACACACACUCAUCCCUGGCACACACAGACCGCAGCCCCGCCCCGCACACGCGGAUCCAGACGCGCACCGUCCCGCCCCCGCUCGGACCCGGCUGUGCUGGACGCAGCCCCGCACACGGCCCCCCCCUCUCCGCACCCAGCGGGGGCGAACGCGCCGCCCCGCGCCCUCCUCCUCGCGCAGCCCCGGUGCGCACAGCGGGGCCGGUACCGGGCACCGCACACGGCUAACGGGUACCGGCACGGCGCAGCAGGUAACGGGGGCGGACCCCGGCUUCGGGAAGGGACCUGCGCCCCGCUGUCGCCGCACCGAGCCCGGCGCAGAGGCAGGUGACGCGGCACCGCAGCACCGGUGAGAGGAGAUGGAGCUGCUGUGAGCCCUACGUGCCAUGGAUGAGGUGACGGAGCUGCAGACCGGGGGGAACUCCCUCCUGAAGGCAGUGUGGCUGGGCCGGCUGCGGCUGACCCGGCUGCUGCUGGAGGGGGGGGCCUACAUCAACGAGAGCAACGAGAAGGGGGAGACGGCGCUGAUGGUGGCCUGCAUCACCACGCACGUGGACCAGCAGAGCAUCAGCAAGGCCAAGAUGGUGAAAUACCUGCUGGACAACAGGGCUGACCCCAACAUCCAGGACAAGUCUGGGAAGACGGCCCUGAUGCACGCCUGCAUCCGUGGCGCAGGUGGCGAGGUGGUGACCCUGCUGCUGGACAAUGGGGCCGAUCCCAGCCUGGAGGACCACUCUGGUGCCUCUGCACUGGUGCACGCCAUCAAUGCCGAUGACAAGGAUGUUUUGCAGCACCUCCUGAAUGCUUGCAGAGCCAAGGGGAAGGAGGUGAUCAUCAUCACCAUGGACAAGUCGGCCACCGGCGCCAAGGCCACCAAGCAGUACCUGAACGUGCCCCCCUUGCUGGACUUCAAGGAGAGAGCCUCCCCUGAGACGAGCACCACAGCGCUGAAGGUGGCUGCCCCAUGCCCACAGCCUGCCGAGCAGGAGCUGCCCCCCGGGGACGGUCCUCCCACCAAGGCCACCCCUGAGCCACCCUCCCCGGGCUGGAGGGGUGGCACCACCACCAAGAGAGCGCGGCUCCCGCAGCUGAAGCGGCUGCAGUCGGAGCCGUGGGGGCUGGUUGCGCCCUCAGUGCUGGCUGCGCACCACGAGGAGCAGCGGGUGCGCACAGAUGAUGAGCUGGUCAGCAGCAUCGGGGAGCUUGCGCUGUGCAGGAAGGCUCCCCUCAGCCGCAGCAAGGAUGCGUCCCUGUUCCCGCUGGUGGACGAGCAGGCGCUGCGCACGCCUCCAGCCCCCGGGUCCGGCUGCAGGAAGGGGUUCGAGAAGGGCCCCCAGCGCCUGCCUCGCAGGAGCACAGUGCCAGAGCCACCGGAGAGCAGCGAGGUGAUGGAGGCCCUGCACUGGCGGCGGAUGAGUGCCGAGCACCACGACUGUGACGCCGGCAUGGCCGAGGUGGGGAAGGUGGCUGCGGAGAGGAGGAAGCUGAGCGGCUCUCACCUGGCUCUGCUGGGUGGUUCACGGGAGGCUCUGGAUGGUGCCCCCAGCACCUCGCCCGCCGCCACCCGUCGCCCACCCAACCUGCUGGAACGGCGCGGCUCUGGCACGCUGCUGCUGGACCACAUCACGCACACCCGGCCCGGCUACCUGCCCCCCCUCAACGUCAACCCCAGCCCCCCUAUCCCCGACAUCGGAGCCGGCGGCAAGGCCCCCUCCCCGCUGGCUGCCGGCUUCAGGGCCCUGGUGCCCGUUGCGCCCAGCUCCCCCAAGCGGGGUGACCUGAGAACCAAAAAGAAGCUCCUCCGGAGGCACUCCAUGCAGCUGGAGCAGAUGAGGCAGCUCUCUGAUUUUGAGGAAAUCGUGGCGCAGUAGCCGCUUUCCCCAGAAGUUCCCCAAACUGCUCUCUAGUAACACACGGCAGUUCGGAGCGGGGCGGUGCUGCCCUGGGAAGCGCUGGCAGCCCCGGGCGCACAGCCCCAUGCACAGAGCGCUUUUCCCAGAGCUGGGGGGACAAGAGGUGGCAGGCAGCACAGAACUGAGUGCCUGGAGCCCUGCCAUGCCAGAUGCUUUUGGACU